AUGUUUUUAAAUAAAACAGUCGAACAAUUUAUAAUAUUAGGUUUUUCCAACACAGGCCAGUUAUGGCCUUUCCUCUUCAGUCUCCUAUUAAUUUCAUAUUUUCUGAUAAUAACUGGCAAUGUGACAAUAUCAGCAUUAAUCUUUGUUGACAGACACCUUCAUGCACCAAUGUACUUUUUUAUUGGUAUGUUGUCUUUUCUUGAGAUAUGGUACACAGCAGUCACAAUUCCUUGUAUGCUUACUAUAAUUUGGAAGGGUAAGACCCAAAUCUCAUUCAAUGAUUGUAUGAUGCAAAUGUACCUCUUUCACUCAUUUGGUAUUACAGGGAACUAUUUACUUAAUGUGAUGGCUUAUGAUCGUAUGGUCGCAAUUUGCAAUCCUCUUCGGUACCAUAACAUAAUGACUUUAAAACGCAGCAAGAUUUUAGUCUCAAGUUGUUGGGCUCUUGGAUUUCUGAGUCCUGUAACACUUCUUAUUUCAGUCUCACAGCUACCAUUUUGUGGUCCAAAUGAAAUAAAUCAUCUCUUCUGUGAUUCAUCUCCUCUUCUAAACUUGGCAUGUACGGAUACAUCCUUUAAUUUCAUUAUCGAUUUUGCUAUUAGCUUGUGCAUGAUAAUCUUGACCUCUCUUUUUCUUAUUGUGACUUAUGUGAGAAUUAUAAUCACCAUACUGAAAAUGAAGUGUAGCAGUGUACAGAAGAAAGCCUUUUCUACAUGCGCUUCUCAUCUUAUCGUUGUUCUUAUCUUCUAUGGAAGUGUAGCAUUUAUGUACAUCAGACCACAAAGUAAUUACACUCCAGAAUAUGACAAACUGGUGGCUAUCAAUUAUUCUGUACUAACGCCACUCUUGAACCCUAUUAUAUAUAGUUUUCGAAACAAAGAAAUCAUAAAUUCAUUGAAAAAGUUACUGCAAGCCAAUAAAUUAUGGUGGAAAUUCUUGAAAUAA